AUGGCAUGGCGCUUCCAAGCCUCAAAGUUUAAGAAUACUACCCCACAUCUUCCGAAAAAGGAGGAUACAAUUUUCGAUCUCCCCAUCGGCAACCUUUCCUGUACAAAUAAUGGAGUCCAAGCAAGUGGCAGCUAUCUGGCCUUCCAUGUGGAAGGAGAAGGUGGAAAGCUCGGUGCUCUACCGAUCAAUGCUAAAGGAAGGAAGUUACGGAAAGAUAUGGGCAUUGUGUAUCAGAUUGAUGACUUCUGCUUCAUGACAUUCAAUGAUGAUCUGUUGGUAACGUGCAGUAGAGAUGAUAAUGUCAAACUGUGGCGUCUGUCCGGUGAAGAAGCAACACCUUCUCUCGAAUGUGAGGUUCAUGUGGGAAAUGGAGUGCUCAUGGAUUCCAUCAAAUCACAUUCCACCGCCUCCAAUAUCAUAGCUGCCGCCUCUGUGGGUGACGCUUAUGUCAUUGAUGUUGAGAGGAAGGUAGUUGCCACAAAACUUCACGGCUUUGUGGACAAAGGUCAAUCGGUGGACUGGAGUGAAGACGGAAAGUUGGUGGCAAUCAGCGCUGACAAAGGGCGUGAGGUAUGCGUUUAUGAUGCACGAAGUGGCACAUCUCCCAUACAACGGUUGGCUGUACACCAGGGCCUGGGCCGUGAAUCACGGGUAUUAUUUUGCGGAGAUCGGCUGCUCUCCAGUGGAUUCACCAGUAAACGGGCUCAGGAAGUCCACGUAUUGGAUGUGGGAAGAUGGGACACACCUAUACACACUCAAGAAUAUGUUUCCGCUACUGGAGUUUUAAUGCCGUUUUAUGAUCCGGACACAAAAUUGGUGUUUCUUAUUGGCAAAGGAACAAACAAAUUAUUUAUUGCGGAAUUCCAGUCCAAGGUUCCACAUCUUUCUCCAGUUUACGAAAUGUCUCUUGCUGAGCAGAACCUUGGUGCAUGUCUGGGUAGCAAGCGGAACGUGAAGGUCAUGGAUGGUGAGGUGGACACCCUGUAUCAGCUCACAAAACAUUGCAUACUACCGAUCCAGUGUAUUGUACCGCGUCGGUCUUACCGCGAUUUCCAUGCGGAUUUAUUCCCGGAUACUCGAGGUCCGAAAGCUGGCUGUACAUCUGGAGAGUGGUUGGCUGGCUCUAACUUGCUCCCUGAAAAAGUGUCACUUGCUCCAAAUGGAACCAACGGUCUUCCGUAUGUGACGAGUAAAACGCCUUCCCCUAUAUCACCACCAGUGCCUACCAUCAAAGAAGCUGUUAAAACUGUGGUGGAAACUCGUCAUUCGCCUGAUAUGCAACGUGCACGUGCACAAACCCAUCCUGCGCACACGCUUACUUCAGGAACGCUGCCUGAUUCAGUGUGUCACUCAACUUUCAAGACCAAAAUAGGUUUGGAUGGAGACAGACCUGAAGUGAAGGAGCUCGUUUACACGGUUGAUGAUAACUCCGAAAAGGAAAAUGGUUUGAGAAAGGAGAACGAUGCUCAUCACAAGUUGACCGAAGUUGGAGUAUACCCCAAGUUAGAGCGAUCAACUUCUGUAGACCAAUCAACCGUCUCACCUGUACCUGAGCCUCCCAUCAGAAUUCGGCAGCUCAACGACAAAAGCGAUCGUUCGAUCUCAGCUCGUGUUCGGCCAAAAUCCUGUGUUGUUGGUGUUGUGGCCUCCAAAUUUCGUCAUGUUGAGACUUUGAUUGGAGCGAGAGCUAAUAAUACGAUAUUUACAAAUAUACGCAAUGUAAACACGCAGCUCCCACUUGAGACAAACGGCGCUUGCACGAGUGGAAAGUUUGUCGCUGUCCCGCUGAAAGGACCAGCGGGUGUUGUGGGUAUCUAUGAUGUUGAAAAACCAGGAAAGCUCCCAGAUGGUGUUAUGGACGGAAUUUUUAAUAAAGCGCAGGUUCGUUCCAGUUAG